GUAAAGUGAAUUUAGUUUCUUUUCUUUCUUUUCUCUCUAUUAUUUUACAUACUUUUUUUUUAUUUUUCUUCUAAUAUACAUAUUCUGUAUAUACAAUCAUAGUACAUAAUUAUUCAUAAUGCCUCCAUCUUCAAUGAAUGAAGACACACGUACUUUUCAACGAAUGCAAUUACAAGACAUAUCUGAAAAUGAGACUAUCAUUACACAAAGAUCGAUGAGUCCCAAAGAGGCUUUGAUGGCAUUAACCCAUCGUGUAUCGGACGAAGACUUGAAACAAGCCAUUCGAGCAGAGAUCAAGCGACUUAUGGCUGAUUAUGAUCGCAUCGUAACCAUGCUACAACAGCGAUCAGAGAUACUCGAACAAGAAUACGAAAAUUUACAAUCAGCUGAAGAAAGCUACCAGCGACGUUAUGAGAAGGCUGUAAGAGAGAUGCAAUUUUACAAGAAAAAAUACGAUAAAUCAGUGGAAUUAAAUAAACAGCUUGUUGGUCGACCACGAAGUCCCUCAAUGGACUCAAACAACUCAUCAAGCUAUGACGGUUCUAGGAUGCCUUUCAUCCCUUCACCUUUUUUAUUCGCGCCUGCCCCUCCGCCAGAGCCUGUUGCCCAUGCAUUCUAUCACUCACCCCCACCACCUAUUCCCCAAAGCCCACCUCCCUUACCAGAUAUGCGAAGUCGUCAUCUUUCUCGAUCCUCAUCUUCGUCCACGUCCUCUUCUUCUUCCAACAAUCUCACAAGUAAUAACAGCAAUAAUAGCAACUGGGCCUUUGAUUCUUUACCAACCCCACCAUUACCUCGUAUUCGACAAAGCUCUACAAUCAGUGGUAAUUCAGAUAAUGAUAAAUCAAUGCAAGCCAGAAAAGGUUCUUGGUCAAACGAGUCGCCUACUACUGCCAAUCGAACAGUGAAUGUCGGCCAUUUGAAUCCUCCAAUCAUUCAACAGCGUAAAGUAGAUCCAAUUGCAUUUGGUGGAUCUGAUGCACUUUGGGAUACUAUUGCUAAAAGUAAAUCUGUGGACGCAACUUUGGAGAAAAUGAUAAGUAAUUUCCUGAGAAGAGGUGGAUCUCCUAAUACAGCAAAGCAAUCACCAAGUUUUAAAAAUAUAAAGUAUGGUUAUGGUAUGCUACAUGCCAUGAUAGCUAUCAAGGCAACAUCGUGUAUAGACUUACUGCUACAGCAUGGAGCAAAUCCUAAUGCGAUGACACUAAGCGAUGUAGAAGAAGACAAGAUAACUCCAGUUUAUUUAGCUGCAAGUAUGGGCUGGCUCCCAGGUUUGCAAACUUUAAUUGAGGCUGGUGCAGACCUCGUGAUGGCGAGAGGUGCAGGUGUCAAGAAUAAAACGGCGCUUCAUGUCGCAGCCGAGCACUGUCAUAUCACCGUUGUAGAGUAUAUUAUCUCGAUGACAUCUCCAAAAUACCACCUACAGGUUGAUACAGCAGGCGCGAGUGCUUUACAUUAUGCUGCUGCUUCCGGGCAUGCGGACCUCGUUGCCUUUCUAGUACAAACAUGUCAACUACCAGUAGAACAAGCAGAUACGAGAGGUGAAACACCUUUACAUUGGGCAUCAAGAUAUGGACACCUUGAAGUAGCAUCUUUAUUGAUUGAACGAUGCGGAUGUGAUUUCAACUCUUAUGUUCCCCGAAAAGUAAUUACACCACUGGACCUCGCUAAGGCUGGUAAUCACAAACGCUUAAUGGAGUAUUACAAAAAGAUUGGAGCAUUAACGACAAAAAAAAUGGAUAAGAAGAGAGAAGAGGAGCUGGAGAAAGAAGUACCUAUUCAUUUGGAAUCUGCAUUAUCAAGAAAUGGUUUAUUUGGGUUUUAAUUAAAAAAAAAAAAAUAAUAAAAAGUAGUAUUCGUUUUAUUCUUACAAGAUGUUAUGGACAGUGCAUUAAAUCCAGGAACACCGUU